AUGACUGAAAACAACCAGAAAACCUGCCAAUGUGAUCGAGAAAUGGCCGAGUCCGAACAAAGCAGCGUCUGGGACGUUGCCAUAAAGCAGACCAAGGAGGCUCAAGAAAAGGGUAGUGAUCCUCUUCUCUGGUCAAUGCAAAUCUCGUCAAAUCUGAGCUCUGCAGGGGUGUGCAUACCUUCCAUGGAGCUAGCCAACGUGUUGGUCUCAUACAUUUGUUGGGAAAACAAUGUGCCCAUUUUGUGGAAGUUUCUUGAAAAGGCCUUGGUUUUGAACAUGGUGCCCUCUAUGCUUGUUCUUGCUCUGCUUUCCUCCAGGGUUAUUCCAAAUAGACGUGUGCAGCCAGCAGCAUAUAGGCUUUACAUGGAGCUCCUUAAGAGACAUGCUUUUUCACUCAGAUCCCAAAUUAAUGGGCCUGAUUAUCAAAAGGUUAUGAUAUCAAUAGAUACUAUUCUUAAUUUGUCCAAGAUAUUUGGUCUGCAAACAAGUGAAGCUGGGACUAUUGUGGUUGGGUUCAUCUUUUCGACCGUGUGGCAAUUGCUUGAUGCAUCAUUAGACGAUGAGGGGCUGCUGGAACUUACCCCAGAGAAGAAGUCUAGAUGGCCAACUAAACCCCAAGACAUGGAGAUAGAUGGUUCCGAUAAUCAUUGUGAGAAGAGGAUUGAACAUCUUGAGAGAUUACAGAAUCAUAAUACUUCGAUGGCUAUUGAACUAAUCUGGCAAUUUCUGCAAAAUAUAUUGACUUCCAAGAUUCUUAACUUGGCAAAAAGAAACAUGCCUAUACAUUGGGAGGGUUUUAUUCAGCAAUUACAUCUGCUUGCAGAAAAUUCAUCAGCAUUGAAAAACAGCAAUGUUACUAGUCCUGAGGCAAUUUUGCAGCUGGCUUCAGAUAUUUGUAUAACCCCACAAAAUUCCAAACUGCGUUCGGUACAAAAGUGCCAUUCGAUUAUGGAUUCUUCUGAGGGACUAAGCCGUGGAAUUGGUCGCUCUACUAUAUGGCUUCCACUUGAUCUGGUACUCGAAGAUGCCAUGAAUGUUACGCAGGUCAAUGCCACAAGUUCUGUUGAGGUUAUCACUGGUUUGAUCAAGGUCCUUCAAGCCAUAAACUGUGCAACUUGGCAUGACACCUUUUUGGGUUUAUGGAUUGCAGCACUUCGUCUUGUCCAACGGGAAAGGGAUCCUCUUGAGUCCCCUAUGCCUCACCUAGACUCUCGCUUAUGCAUGUUGCUGUCUGUCACCCCUCUUGUGGUUGCUGGUCUCAUUGAGGAAGAUGAAAGUGCACAAGUAGACAAGAAAGAACAUAGCUUUGUCAGUCACUGGAGAAAACAAAAGGUCACAGGGAAGUCUCGCGAUGAUUUAGUCUCAAGCUUACAGAUGCUGGGAAAUUUUAUAGGACUUCUGGCUCCCCCUCGUUCUGCUGUUUCUGCAGCGAAUCAGGCUGCUGCAAAAGCAAUGUUCUUUAUCUCAGGGACUAAGGUUGAAAGUGCAUACUUGGAUUACAUCAGUACGAAAGACAUCUCGAUUGAUUGCUCAGGAAACAUGCGCCAUCUGAUAGUUGAGGCUUGUAUAGCAAGAAAUCUAAUAGACACAUCAGCAUAUUUCUGGCCAGGCUAUGUGAAAGGAUGCAUCAAUGAAAUACCUCAGCUGGAGAAAAUAUUUGAGGUAGCCAUCAAUGGCUCAGAUGCAGACAAGAUAUCAGCAGUUGCCAUCCUUUGUGGAGCCUCCCUGAUUCAGGGUUGGAAUAUUCAAGAACACACAGCUCAUUUUGUUAUCAGGUUGUUGUCUCCUCCUUGUCCUGCAAAUUAUUCUGGAAGUGGCAGCCAUCUGAUAGGUUAUGCUCCCCUGCUAAAUGCGCUUGUUGCUGGGAUAUCAAGCAUCGAUUGUAUUAAGAUUUUGUCACAACUUGGCAUGGUUCCACAACUAGCAUGUUCAUUGAUGACAAUCUGUGAGAUUUUUGGGUCAUGUGUACCCAGUGACUCAUGCAGCAACACAACAGGGACAGAAACCUCUGAUCCUCAUACUGUGUUUUCUAAUGGAUUCACACUUCUUCUGAAGCUGUGGAGGUUUAAUUAUUGCUUUGCAGAUCGACCAGGACAUGUCUCAACCGUUCGAUCUAACAUCAGUCCUGAAUACCUUCUAUUAGUACGAAACUCCCACCUAGCAUCCUCGGAAAAUGUCCACCAGGAUCAUAAUAAAAGGAGACUUGCAGCAGUUGCAAGCUCAUCAUCUGCACAACCUAUCUUUGUUGAUUUGUUUCCAAAGUUAAAAGCCUGGUACAUGCAGCACAAUGCAUGCAUAGCUUCAACCCUCUCUGGACUUCCCCGCGGAACCCCCGUUCAUCACCAUGUUGAUGAGCUUUUGAACAUGAUGUUCAAAGAAAAGGAGCAAGGAAGAAAGUCUGCAGAAUCUAAUACUUCUGCAAGUGGAAGUUCAUCUAAAGAAGCAAAUGAACAUACCUUUUUAAGUAAAUUGCCUGCUUGGGAUAUUCUGGCAGCUGUUCCGUUCGUAGCUGAUGCUGCUUUAACAGCCUGUGCUAAUGGGAUACUCUCUCCCCGGAAACUGGCUACUGGGCUUAAAGUCUUAGUUGAUUUUCUUCCUGCAUCUGUGGCAACCAUCGUAAGCUACUUCUCAGCUGAAGUAACCAGGGGUGUUUGGAAACCAGCUUUUAUGAAUGGAAAAGAUUGGCCCAGCCCUAAUGCAAAUUUGUCAAAUGUUGUGGAAAAGAUCAAGGAAAUUAUAGCUGCCACUGCUAAGUCGAUAUUAAAAGUUCAAAUAACAUCAGAAAUGGUUCCUUCUCACUCUAUUCUAGGAUCUAUUUCUUCAAUAACAUGGCUAAGGAUUGUUGUUGUCACAGAUGGAAGCUGUCAAGCUACAAUGCCGUUGCCUCUUGCUGCCUUAGUGAGCCUUACUAUAACAUAUAAAACCGACAAAGAUUCGAAACGAUACCUCGACUUAGCUAAAGUGGCUUUGGCCUCCAUUGCAGCAGGUUGCCCAUGGCCCUGCAUGCCAAUUGUUUAUUCACUCUGGACCCAGAAAGCAAAGCGUUGGAGUGCCUACUUUGUCUUCUCUGGAUCUCGUACUGUCUUCCUCCAACACCGAAAUGCUUUUGUCCAGCUUCUUAAGAGCUGCUUCACUGCCACACUUGGCCUACAUUCCACUCCUCUCUCAUACAACGGAGGUAUUGGAGCUCUUCUUGGCCAUGGAAUUGGAUCUCAUAUCCAUGGCAGGGUUUCUCCUGUUGCCCCAGCGAUCCUCUAUCUACAUGCUUAUCCAUAUUUAUCAGACAUUGUCUUCUUGAACAAAGAGAUUGUUUCCCUCUUGAUGCAUUCUGUGAGAGAGAUAACAGGUAGUGGGUUUCCUAUAGAGGGAUGCAAGAGACUGAAGACGGCCAAGAAUGUAAUGAUACAGGGAAAGUAUCUGAUGGAUUCAAACUUGACUCGGGUUAAACUAGUGGCUUCACUCGCUGCUUCUUUAGUGUGGUUAUCUGGAGGCCUAGGUCUGGUUCAGUCAUUGUUUAAAGAAUUUCUGCCUUCAUGGUUUGUAUCUGUUCACAGCUCCAGACAAGAGGGAGAACCAAACGGAGUUGCAUGGCUAAAGGGAUACGUGGUUGCAUACUUUGCAUCUCUAUGUGGAGGCUUUGUAUGGGGCGUUGACUCAUCAUCCUGGGGAUCCAAGCGGCGUCCAAAGAUUCUUGGAACUCACAUGGAAUUUCUUGCAAGAGCACUAAAUGGCCAGAUAUCUCUUGGCUGUGAUGAGACCACUUGGCGCUCCUAUGUCUUGGGAUUCAUGAGCCUGAUGGUGGUUUGCAUGCCAACUUGGAUGCUGGAAGUGGAUGUAGAUGUGUUGAAGACAAUUAGUAAGAAGCUGAGGCAGUGGAAUGAGGAGGUGCUUGCUCUGGAUUUGCUGGGGAUUGGUGGUGUUGAUUUCAUGGGUGCGGCUGCAGAAAUGAUAAUUCAAAGCGAGCCAUAA